GAAAAUGGAGAUGGAAAUUGGGGGAGCACAAACAAUUCUCAACCUCAAACCAAAUUCGUUUGCAUCUGUUGUGUAUCAUUCUCAAUUCGGUCCUCAUGAUGAUCUAAUGUUGCUUGAACUUGAAGAGAAACUUGUUCCAGAUAUUCUCAAUCAGAGGGUAACUUUAAGAGGAGAACCCAAUGAUGAUACUGUUCUUUGUACACAAUCGAAAACUUAUUCCGUUAAAUUUGUUGGAACUUCAAACUCUGUCUUGCUUAUUCCUCCUGAAAAUUCGGAUUCUAAUGGCGAUUCUGAGAAGAAACUUAUUGCACCUGUUUUUAAAGUGGCAAUAGGUAAUAUGGAGCUUGUGGAGGUUGCUCCCAAACUUGACAAGCUUAAAUUACUUCUAUCUGAAAAACCCUACAAGGAUGAUGAUGUUGAAGAAAUGGUUGAAUCCCUAUAUGAAUGGGAUGAUCUUGUUGAAAGAGUACAAGCUAGCGAUGAUCAGAUAAGAUCCGGGUUAGAAACUCUGUCAGCUGUAGAAAUUGGAAAAUAUUGGAGAAUUAUUGAUGAAGCUUACAUGGAUUCUGUUUUAAGCAUGCUAUUGAAUAAUGCGAUAUUGAAUGAUUGGUCUUUAAAUGAACUGAAUGAGUCUAAUGUAGUUAGCACGCUCGAAGCUGAUGGGUUUCUGGGUAAAAUUGCUAGGCAUUGUUUGAAAGUUUUUGGUAGUAAGGUAGAUGAUUGUGUUUGGAGAUUGGAAGAGAAACGAGUAUGUUUGCAUUAUGCAAAAAGGGUUUUGAUUGGAGGGAAGAUGAAGUUGGAGAAUUUCAUGGUGGAAUGGGAAAAGAAGGUUCCGGAUGGAAUGGUGGCGAAAUUUGAAAUGUUGGAAGGGGAAGUUUUGGUUGAGAAGAUUGGGAUUGCGACUUGGAUUUAUGGUUUUAGCGUUUCUUCGUUGCCUGCAACUCCUGCUGAGCGAUUUGGUGUUCUUUUUCGCGAGAGGAGUAGAUGGAAAUGGAAUGAUUUGCAGCCUUUUAUAAGGGAUUUGAAUGUGCCCGGUUUAUCUUCGGACGGGUUAUUGCUUAAGUUCACGCGAAGAACACAACCGAGCCCUGAUGCAGAACCGGUUUUCAGUGCUAGAUAGUGUCUUCGGCUUUUAUCUGGAAGUAUGAAAUCAUAAUUGUUGUUUUAAUACUUGAACUCGAGUUGAUUGAUUUUGUAAUCGAGUUCCUUAAAUUUGUAAUCAGUUUGAACUUUAUAUUUCAAAUUCUGAGUAACUGA